AUGUCAUACAGCAUCGCCUACGACACCGCCCGCGCACCACCCCGCGGCGCGGCCCUCGUCGCAUUCAUGGAAGACUUCUACUGCACCAGCGACAACGAGUCCUUGCACGAGAAGUACGUGCAGAGCUUUACUGAAGAUGCUACCCUGAUCAUGGGUCCGAAGGAGGCGAAGGGUGUCAGUGAAAUCCUCCCCCUGCGUCACGGCCUCUGGGCGCACGUUGCGUCGCGGAAACACACGCCUGAGCGGAUCUUCUUUGGCGGCGAGAAUGAGAUCAUGCUUUACGGUGGUGUGAACUACAGGCUGAAGGCGGAUCCUGAGAAGGAUGUCUAUGUGCCGUGGGCUGGACGGGUUGUUUUUGCGCCGCAGAAGGAAGGCGAGGGUGUGAAGAUGCAAUUUUAUCAGGUUUAUCUGGAUCCCUCUGCUCAGUCUGGAAAGAAAUAA